UGGCCACGAGCGCAAACUCGUGAUCUCUCGCGUUCAGCAAAUUUAUGAAAGAUUCAUACCCCGGCAAACUCAAUGACGGCACAACAUUGGGACUGAGCCAGCAUAGAAGAGGUCUAGGGUUGCUGCGGCCCUGGAGAGGGGAGCAUCGCUAAUAGCGGUAGACCGCCGGGCAGUCGCAGUGGCAGAAUAUCAGCUAUGGCUGGUACAGCUGGGAUGGGCGGCUCAUAUCUCAUUGCCGUGGCGGCGCAGCGCAACCCGCCACGAGCGAAGACCCCUCCUGUGGAGCUCCCUCCUGUAGAGAUAGCCAGCAGCGUGCUGGAGCUCCGUCAUGGCCGACCGUACAUUAAAGACAGCCCAUAUCCGCUGCCUGUGGACUUGACCGAGUUCAAUCGUCAGAAUCUCAGGACUCUAGUAGCUACGCAGGCCCUUGGAAAAGCUCUCUGUGCGCCACGAUUUGCGAAGAUGCCACCAAAGCGCAUAUUGGAUCUGACAUGCGGCACUGGACUUUGGAGUUCUCUAUGCGACGACUAUCUCAAGGCGACGGGCGUCGGAGACGUUGAAUUCAUAGGAAUGGAUAUAGCUGCCACUGCUCCAGAUCUCUCGAAGCACGGCGUGAACUGGAAAUUUGUACAACGGGACACCCGUGAUCUGCCAUAUCCUUUUGAAGACGACUACUUUGAUCUAGUCAUGAUCAAGGACUCCACCAUGACCAUGCCGCUGGACGAGCGGUCCUAUGGUAUCCUGGACGAGGUGAUGAGGAUACUCAAAGAAGGUGGUGUCUUGGAGGCCUGGGAGUCGGACCAUGUUAUCAGAUCUCUGGACCCCGACACGCCGCCAUCGCGGUCUGGGACCGUCGAGGAGGAGCUCAUCGCCGACGCCACGGCAACGUUCAAUCUGCCGCGCGGCCACCCAUUCGUGCCGACCCAGAACAAGUACUUUAUGCAAGCAAAUGCAUGGGUGGAACAGGUGUUGGACUGGGAGUCGAUCUUGGUAGCGCCGUGUCCGCGAAUGACAGAGAUGAUGACUCAAGAGGAGUCGCUUUCGGAUCACGGCAGUCGACGCAUUGCAAUCCCAUUCGGAGAAUUGCCCAGUGAACGAGGAGCACCGAGUUCCCAGCGGAGCUCCCUUUCAUCUGGCAGGGCCUAUCGCGACUCCUUCCUGUCCGACGGCUCGCGAGAGAAAGCGCCAUGGCCAGAGCGGACUUUGACGCCUGACCAAGCCGCGCUGAGGCACACUGCUCUUUUAACGAAUCUCCAGAUGUAUCAGGCAAUGGAGCCUUUGCUCAAAAAAGCCAGCGGCAAGACCACGGACGAGUGGAGCCAAUGGUACGCCAGUAUGAUGGCGGACAUGCUUGGUCCUGAGAAGAAGGCAUUUGCCGGCGAGUGUUUGGAGAUUGGAGUGUUCUGGGCGACAAAGGCACAGCCGCGGGCUGAUCGGUUCCGAUGAUCAAU